UCAGAGUACAUUUUAGAGUUGGACACAAAAACGUGCCAAUCAAUUUAUUUAUUAUAAAGUGAAAGGCAACAGUUUCAUGGCUCCAUGUAUGUUUGAUGAUAAGCCAAUCCAAUUCUAUAUGUGUGUGUAUUCCUAUUCAACCAAAUAUUAUACUAAUUAACAUGGCGUCCGUGAUUGAGCAAUGCCAAGUUGCGCCACCACCCAGCGGCGCAGCUGAGGUAACACUCCCUCUUACCUAUUUUGAUUAUAUGUGGUUAGGGUUCCACCGUAUACGUAGGAUAUUAUUCUACAAGCUCCCCAUUUCCAAACUGGAUUUCGUCCAAAACACCAUUCCUCAUCUUAAAGAUUCACUCUCCCUCGCUCUCAAACACUAUUUACCCUUAGCUGGAAACGUUGCUUGUCCACUAGAUACAAACGGAUAUCCUGAGUUACGUUAUGUGACAGGAGAUUCUGUAUCUGUUACUUUUUCUGAGACUAAUAUGGAUUUCAAUUAUCUCAUUGACGACCAUCCUCGUAAUGCUAAGGAUUUUUAUCACUUUGUUCCUAAGUUAGGGGAACCUAAGGAUGCACCGGGGUUCCAAUUAGCACCGGUCUUAGCCAUCCAAGUGACAUUUUUCCCGAAUCUUGGUGUAUCCAUUGGUUUCACUAACUAUCACGUUGUUGGUGAUGGAGCUACCAUAGUAGGGUUCAUUAGGGCGUGGGCUCUACUCCACAAAUUCGGUGGACAUGAACAAUUCUUAUCGAAUGAGUUCAUCCCAUUUUAUGAUAGGUCUGUAAUCAAAGACCCAUAUGGACAAGGGAUGUACAUAUGGGAAGAAAUGAAGAAAAUAAAUAUAGAGAUGCGUGACAUUGUGACUCCUCCCCCUGAACACAUGGUUCAAGGUACAUUUACUAUAAGACGAGAUGAUAUCGAGAAACUCAAGAAUUUAAUAUUGUACUCAGGACGACGGAGUAAUAGUACUCUAACUCAUGUAACUUCUUUCACUAUAACAUGUGCUUAUGUAUGGACUUGCUUGAUAAAAUCAGAGGACGCGAUCAGAGAAGAGAUGAUCAUAGACGAUAAUGUAAUGGAGUUCUUUGGAUGUGCUGGAGAUUAUAGACCGCGAUUCAAUCCACCAAUUCCUCAAUCUUAUUUUGGGAAUUGCAUAGUUGGGUGCAUCACAAGGACAAGGCAUGUUGACUUAGCUGGAAAAGAAGGCUUUACCAUUGCUGUGGAAUUAAUUGGAGAAGUCAUUCAAAAAAAAAUGAAGGAUAAUGAGGAAUGGAUCCUGAAUGGUAGUUGGUAUAAAGAAUUGGUCAACGUAGACGUGAAUCGAAUUGUUUCAAUUGCUGGAUCGCCAAAACAUGACUUAUAUGCUGCUGAUUUUGGAUGGGGAAGGGCUGCAAAGUUAGAAUUCAUUUCUCCUAAUAAUGGUGGUGAUGGAAUUUCGAUGUCUCUUAGUAAAUCUAAGGACUUUGAUGGAGAUUUAGAGAUUGGCUUGUGUUUGUCUAAAACUCGAAUGAAUGCUUUUGCUGCUAUAUUCACUCAUGGACUAAGUUUUCUAUAUCAUGUCUGAGUGGCGAGGAUUUGGCAAGGACCCCUAUCUGUUUAUUAAUUACCAAUAAAAAAUAGACCUAAAAAUAUAACCUCUUGUGUGAAAUGCUUCAAAUUGUAGUUGUAAUGGUACUGGUACUGGUCCAAAUAAGAAUCCUUUUUCAAAUCUGUUUGGUGUAUCUUGAAUGUCAUCCAAGAAUUUAUUAUUCAAUUGCUUGA